GUUGUUUGGGACUCUGUGUCGGCCGGGUGGUAAUGCGCAAAGCGGGGCUUGCGCUGCGCGAGCGGAGGAGACAGAGUCGCGUGGGGAAGGCACCCGGGGCCGCGGCGCAGGCAUCGGCUGCGUUUUAGUCGCUGAGCGGUCGGCCGGCCUGUUGCCAGCGAAGGCGCUCGCGGGGGUUGUGCGGAGGUGUGCGCGCCCUGCCGGUGUGCGCGCCCUGCCGGUGGCGGCUGUGUCUCUUGGGAGAUGCUGUGACGGACCCGCGCGGGAGGAGCUCGCGCCUAGGCUCGCGCCCCCCUGGACUCGGCGGCCGCGGCGGCUCGGUCACCCGCCCUUCUCAGUGGAAGUAUGCGAGACCUAACAGCACAAGUGACCGUAACAGCACAAUUCCCAGAAGUGACUAUCCAAGCCCUUGGAGAAGAUGAAAUAACAUUAGAAUCUGUGCUUCGUGGAAAGUUUGCUGCAGGGAAAAAUGGACUUGCUUGCUUGGCUUGUGGUCCGCAACUUGAGGUAGUAAACUCUCUAACAGGAGAGCGGUUGUCUGCAUAUAGAUUCAGUGGAGUGAAUGAACAGCCUCCUAUAGUCCUAGCUGUGAAAGAAUUCUCUUGGCAGAAGAGAACUGGAUUGUUAAUUGGAUUGGAAGAAGCAGAAGGGAGUGUUCUCUGUCUUUAUGACCUUGGUUUAUCAAGAGUGGUUAAAGCAGUUGUUCUUCCUGGAAGGGUAACAGCUAUUGAACCUAUAAUUAAUCAUGGAGGAGCCAGUGCAAGUACUCAGCAUUUACACCCAAGUCUGAGAUGGCUUUUUGGUGUGGCAGCUGUGGUAACUGAUGUUGGACAGAUCCUUCUUAUUGACCUGUGUUUGGAUGAGUUGUCAGGCAAUCAGAAUGAAGUAGAGGCAUCAGACCUUGAAGUUAUAACUGGUAUCCCAGCUGAAGUACCACACAUCAGAGAAAAUGUGAUGCGAGAGGGACGCCAUCUGUGUUUUCAAUUAGUAAGCCCAUCAGGAACAGCCGUUUCAACCCUUAGUUACAUAAACCGGACAAAUCAGCUUGCUGUUGGUUUUUCUGAUGGGUAUCUAGCACUUUGGAAUAUGAAAAGCAUGAAAAGAGAAUACUACACACAGUUGGAAGGUGGAAGAGUUCCUGUAUAUGCUGUCACUUUUCAAGAACCUGAGAAUGAUCCUCGUAAUUGCUGUUACUUGUGGGCUGUUCAGUCUACACAAGAUAGUGAAGGGGAUGUUUUGAGUUUGCAUCUGCUUCAGCUGGCCUUUGGUGACAGAAAGUGUUUGGCAUCAGGACAAAUUUUAUAUGAGGGGUUAGAGUACUGUGAAGAAAGAUAUACACUGGACCUCACAGGUGGCAUGUUUCCUUUGAGGGGCCAGACUGGUAAUACCAAACUUUUGGGAUGUCAAACUGUAGAGAAAUUUCGAUCUCAUGGUGACAGGGAGGAAGGCAUGAAUGAAGCUCUGUCUCCUGACACCAGUGUUUCAGUCUUUACCUGGCAGGUGAAUAUAUAUGGACAGGGAAAGCCUUCUAUAUAUUUGGGGCUUUUCGACAUAAAUCGUUGGUAUCAUGCACAAAUGCCAGAUUCGUUAAGAUCAGGAGAAUAUCUACAUAAUUGCUCUUAUUUUGCAUUGUGGUCACUGGAUUCUGUUGUAAGUAGGACUUCUUCACAUUACAUCUUGGAUAUAUUAGUACAUGAGAGAAGUUUAAGUCGAGGAGUUCCUCCUUCAUAUCCACCUCCUGAGCAGUUUUUUAACCCAAGUACUUACAACUUUGAUGCCACUUGUUUGUUAAACUCAGGAGUUGUUCAUAUAACUUGUAGUGGUUUUCAGAAGGAGACUUUGACUUUUUUAAAGAAAUCAGGACCAUCUCUCAAUGAAGUCAUUCCUGAUAGUUACAAUCGAUGUCUUGUGGCUGGCCUUCUCUCACCAAGACUUAUUGACAUUCAACCUUCCAGUUUAAGUCAGGAAGAACAGUUAGAAGCUAUAUUGUCAGCAGCAAUCCAGACAAGUUCUCUGGGACUUUUGACUGGAUGUAUCAAAAGGUGGAUAACAGAAGAACAACCAAAUUCUGCUGCUAAUUUGCGCUUUGUUCUUGAAUGGACAUGGAAUAAAGCGGUUCUCACAAAAGAGGAAUUUGACAGACUAUGUGCGCCAUUAUUUGAUGGUUCGUGUCGUUUCAUCGAUCCACAAACUGUACAGUCUCUCCAGCAGUGCCAUUUACUUCUUAGCAACCUUAAUAUAGUCUUAAGCUGUUUUGCAGCUGAGGCCCAAGAGAUCACCGAGAGAGGUCUUAUGGAUUUAAGCAAUAAGUAUAUGGUUACCCAGCUCAUCUGUCAAUAUGCACAAGUGGUUCUUUGGUUCUCUCAUUCUGGGCUUUUACCAGAGGGCUUAGAUGAUGCUGUGCAGUUGUCAAGGCUAUGCUACAACUACCCUGUAAUUCAGAACUACUACACCAGUCGUCGACAGAAGUGUGAGCGUUCAUCAAGAGGGAAGUGGAACCCUGAUUGCUUGAUGAUUGAUGGAAUGGUUUCUCAGUUAGGAGAUCGAGUAGAGAAGUUGUGGAAACGGGAUGAAGGAGGCACAGGAAAAUAUCCUCCUACUAGUCUACAUGCAUUACUUGACAUAUACCUACUGGACAACGUUACCGAAGCAAGCAAGCAUUCUGUUACUAUUUAUUUGCUACUUGAUAUUAUGUAUUCCUUUCCAAACAAAAUGGAUACUUCCAUUGAAUCAUUUCCAACUGCCUUUGCCAUUUCUUGGGGCCAGGUUAAACUUAUUCAAGGGUUUUGGCUGAUAGAUCAUAAUGACUAUGAGAGUGGUUUGGAUCUUCUGUUUCACCCAGCUACUGUAAAACCUGUGUCAUGGCAACAUUCAAAGAUUAUUGAAGCCUUCAUGAGUCAGGGUGAGCACAGACAAGCCCUCAGGUAUAUUCAAACAAUGAAGCCAACAGUGUCCAGUGGUAGUGAUGUUAUCCUUCACCUCACCGUUUUGCUGUUUAAUAGGUGCAUGGUUGAAGCGUGGAGUUUACUGCGACAGCAUUCUAAUAGGUUGGAUAUAGAGGAGUUGCUCAAGCACACAUAUGAAGUCUGUCAGGAAGUGGGCUUAAUGGAGGAUUUACUGAAGCUGCCAUUCACAGACACUGAACAGGAGUGUUUGGUGAGAUUUUUACAGUCCAGUGCCAGUGUUCAGAAUCAUGAAUUCCUUUUAGUUCACCAUUUGCAGCGUGCCAAUUAUAUUCCUGCCUUGAAGCUGAACCAAACUCUGAAGAUAAAUCUUAUGAAUGAUCGUGAUCCUCGUUUGCGAGAGAGAUCAAUGGCUCGAAAUUCUAUAUUAGACCAAUAUGGGAAAAUUCUUCCUAGAGUCCAGCGAAAAUUAGCCACUGAGCGAGCUAAGCCUUACCAUCUGUCAGCAUCAUCAGUUCUUCGAGAAGUUUCUAGGCCAAAACCAUUAUCAGCAGUUCCAAAGCAAGCUGUAACAGGGACUGUGUUAACAAGAUCUACUUUCAUCAGUAAUGUGUUAUCUAAAAUUGGAGAGGUCUGGGCAAGUAAUGAACCUAAAAAUAGCAUCUCUGUCUACAAUAGUCCUAAAAUAGAGGAACCAUCUCCUAUAGUAUAUUCCCUCCCAGAUCCAGAGCUGCCUGAGGCAUUUGUUGGAACACCAAUUUCAAAAGCAUCACAAAAAAUUUCUAGGCUGCUGGAUUUGGUUGUUCAUCCUGUCCCCCAGCCUGCUCAGUGUUUGGGAUUUAUUCAGCAAAGCCCCACAAGAUCUCCUUUGUCCCUGGCAUCCACCUCAUUGCCAGUAAAUUCACAAUCAAACGGAUCACGUCACAAUGCUUCCAGGGCUUCAGAAUUACAUUUACUUGAAACUCCUCUUGUAGUUAAGAAAGCUAAGACUUUGGCUAUGUCAGUUACUUCCCCUGGAUUUGCCGAGUUCACUCCUCAAUCCAUCCUAAGGUCUGGUCUUCGAACAACACCUUUAGCGUCUCCCUCUUUGUCACCUGGAAGGUCUCUUACUCCUCCUUUACGACUUAAAGAAACUAGAAUUUCAUUCAUGGAAGAAGGCAUAACCACAAAAUGGACUGCUGGAGCUGCAGAUGACGGCAAAACAAAAGCAUUUAUUACUGCACCUUUCCAUAAAUGUGCAGUUCCAGCAGAAACUGAAUGGCUGAAGAAUAAAGAUAAGGCAACAUCUUUUCCCCUGAAUAGCCCUGAAAAGGACCAUCAAGAAAUGAAUGUGAGGUCACAGGAUACAACUUCACAAAGUUUGGAGAAACUGGAUGUGAGCAUAGAAAAUAGCAAUACUUCAACCAGAUCAGACCAGACUACCUUGGAGUAUCAGGAUGCUCCAUCACCAGAAGACUUUGAAGGUAUUUUCAUGGCCUCUAAGCCAGUGACACGCUCUUCCACUGAACAAAUUACUAAUUUAACUGAACAGACUGAGAACAGUGAUAAAGAUACAUUUGAAUCGGAAGUAACUCCUCCAGACCUGGAGAAACAAAUGGGCACUUUAGAAGAUGCAGAAACAAAGGAUCUCUUAGUUGCACAGGGGGCACUUUCAGAAUUAAAUACCUUAAGCCCCAUUCAAGGAGUUGAAGCUUCUUUUUGUGUACCAUCAGUCUGUGAAGGGAAAAUCCUCACCCCGAAGUCCAAGGUACCUGUUUUAGACGAAGGACUAGUAUCUGUUGAAACCUGUACCUCUACAAUUAGAGCAGGUAACAAUAAAUCUAUGGCUGAUGUUCUUGGUGAUAGUGGAAGCUCUGGGCUUGUUAUCUCUGAAGGCCCUAUUAUCUCUGAACGUAGGCUUGACCAGGAAACAGCACUGAACUUAAAAGAAGAUCAUGAAAUAGAAGUUGAUGUACUAAAAGCAAGUGUUGACUUACCAGAAGAAAAGCCUCCAGUUUCUGAUGAUUCUCCUGAUACCCAAGAAAUUCAUGUAAUUGAACAUGAAAAGCUUGAAGUUCAAGAUUCAGGACAAGAGGCUAGGAGUCUUUCAUUUAAUGAGUUGUAUCCCUCAGGAACUCUUAAGCUUCGAUACAAUUUUGAUACCAUUGAGCAACAGUUUUGUGACUUACCUGAUAACAAAGACUCUGCUGAGUGUGACAUUGCUGAAGUAGAUGGGGAACUUUUUGUGCCACAGAGCAACUUUACCUUGAUUUUGGAAGGUGAAGAAGGAGAAGUAGAGACAGGUGAUUCUGCAGCAUCUAAUGUGCUAGCUAAAGCAGCUAAUGCAGCCACUGAGGAAAAACAUGUAUACAGUGGGGAAAAUGAUAAUCACGGACAUGUUGCAAAUUUGCCAUCUGUCAUAACUAGUGAUCAGGAGUCCCAAAGGGUAGAGACAUUACCAUAUGUGCCUGAACCAAUUAAAGUAGCAAUCGCAGAAAAUUUAUUAGAUGUAAUUAAAGACACAAGAAGUAAAGAAAUUACUUCAGAUACAAUGGAACAGUCCAUUCAAGAAAACAUACCUUUAAUAAGCCAAAAGGUAAUGUGUUCCACCAAGUUAGCCAAAUCUACAUUUAAGACUGUUCAGGAAACAAGUACGGUGACUAUAAAUGUCAGCGAGGUUAAUGACAUGAUUUCCUCCAGAACUCGCAACAGAGGACGUGUCCAAAACCUGAAUGUCAAAUCGGCACAACAGGAAGAGUCAGCAGAUGUUGCUACUCCUGAGAUGCUGGGACUUUCAGUUACGAAGAAAACUAGGAAAACAAAAGACAUUUCGGGGGCUUUUGAAAGUGCCUGUUCUGAUGAUAAAGGAAUAUCUCAUAACCAGCAAAUACCUCAAAAUUCUGUUACUCCUAGGAGAGGAAGGAGAAAAAAAGAAAUUAAUCAAGACAUUUUAGAAAAUAGUAAUUCUGUGGAACAAGAAUUACAGGUUACUCCAGGUAGGGAAUUAAGAAGGUUAAAAUCAUCUCAGCUGUUGGAACCAGCAACUGAAGAAACUUCUUUUAGAAAAGAAGUUAAGCUUUCAUCUGUUACAAAAAGGACUCCUAAACGAAUUAAAAAAUCUGUGGAAAAUCAGGAAAGUGUUGAAGUUAUAAAUGAUCUGAAAAUCAGUAAAGUAGCAAGUCCUAGCAGAAGUACCAGGAAAUUGAGAAGUGCUAAUUUGGAAACUUCUAAAAAUACAGGAUAUAAACAAGAUGGGGAGUCCAUUGAAGAGCAACUGCCUAUUCAACAUAGUAAAAGGGUUAAAAAGAAAGAAGUUAGUGCAUCAGAUGUAAUAGAAGAUUCCAAACUUGGUUCAUCCCAGUUGACUCUUCAAGCAGAAUUUGAUACUCCUGCUACACCUAGGAAACGUGGUAGACCAAGAAAAAUUAAUCCAUCUGAAGAUGUAGAAUCUAAGGCUGUUAAGGAAGCAAGAAGUCUCAAGAAGAGAGAAGGUCUCAGCAUCCAAAGGAGAUCUACAAGAAACACCCCAGCUAAAAGUGAAAAUACUGAUGUUGGAAAACCAGCUUUAGAAAAAUCAGUUUUAGUGCCAAAUGAGGAACUUGUUACAGCGAUGAGCUCUAAGAAGAAGCUUACAAAAAGGACUGAAAACCAAAGCCAAAAACGUUUAUUACGCUCAAUAUCAGAAAAAUGCAUAGAUGAAGAAAUGACAGACAAAGAACCGAAUGACCAAGAAGAAAAAUUGCUUGCCACAGUUGCUUUGACUAAAUCUUCCCGUAGCACAAGGACUAGAUCUAGCAAGGCCAUCUUGUUGCCGGACCUUUCUGAACCAAAAAAUGAGUCUUUUUUAUUUUCUCCUCCUGUGUCAAAGGUUCCAAGGAAAGAGAAAGCUAAAAAAAUAGAGGCUCCUGUGCAGCUGCAAGAAUUAGUUUCGGAUUUAUCUUCUCAAUUUGUCUUCUCACCUCCUACUUUAAGGACCAGGCGGAAAAACACAUCUAAUACAUCCAAACUUGUAGAUGAACUGGAAGAUGAUGCUCAAUCAGUUGAAACUGUGGGAAAGCAACAAGUGAAAAGAACCAGGACUGCAAAAACAAAACAAUCAAGCAAAAACACAGAAAAAGAAAGUUGGUCACCUCCUCCAGUAGAAAUUAAGCUGAUUUCCCCCUUGGCAAGCCCAAUUGAUGGAGUAAAGAGCAAACCAAGAAAGACUGUAGAAGUAACAGGAAAAAGUCUUGGAAGGAGCAGGAAGAAAUUGUCUUCUUUUCCAAAGCAAGUUGUACGCAGAAAAAUGCUGUAAUUUUUUUCCAGUUUUUAAUGUACACCUAUUUGUAAAGUCAUCAGAAUUGUGUGGAUUAUUAAAAAUCAUCUAAUUUGGAAGAAAAUAAUUUAUAUAAAUUAUUGUAAAUUUUUGUAAACAGAAUGUCUUCAACAAGUAAAGUAACUCCAUAUGGAGUGUGAUUCUUUUAGUCCAGGCAGUUUUUUCUAUUUUAUAUUAAGACUUCAUACAUUUAUAUAAUAUGUAAAUAUGGCUUAUUAUUGGAAUGUUAAAUAAAGUGUAUACUUCACAGUAGUCUGUGUGUCUGUUAGAUUUUUGAGAGGGGAUUUCUGUUUU